AUGCAACAGUCUCAGUUGGAUCCUCUGCCGGAUGACCUCCCCUUCCGCAUAGUCUCCAAGACCAUUGGAAGGGGAGCCUACGCAUCAAUAAAGAAGGCAAUCCCUCUGGAUUCGACUACACCCGUCUUUGCCGUCAAGCUCAUUCACAAGGGCUACGCCGUCAAACAUGGCCGCAUCUCCGCCAAGCAGAUCGCCAUGGAGGUGUCGCUGCACUCGCACAUCGGCCAGCACCCCAACGUGAUCGAGUGGUUUGCCACGGGCGAGGACCAAGUCUGGCGCUGGAUAGCCAUGGAGUACGCCGAGGGCGGCGAUCUCUUUGACAAGAUCGAGGCCGAUGUGGGCGUCACAGAGGAUAUUGCCCAUCUGUACUUCCUGCAGCUGAUCAGCGGUGUGAGCUUCAUGCACAGCAAGGGGGUGGCACACCGCGAUCUCAAGCCCGAGAACAUCCUCAUGUCCGACAGCGGCAACCUGAAGCUCGCAGACUUCGGCAUGGCCACCAUGUUCGAGUACAAGGGCCAACGGAAGCAGAGCUCCACUAUGUGCGGCAGCCCCCCUUACAUUGCCCCCGAGGUCUUGAAAGCAGGCCGGCCGGAUAAGAAAUCCGGUGAGGUGAUCAAAUACCUGCCGGACUCGGUUGACAUGUGGUCUUGUGGCGUCAUCCUGUUCGUGCUGCUGGUUGGCAACACACCGUGGGACGAACCAACCUCGUCAAGCUGGGAGUUUCAGGAGUACGUUCGAACCAAUGGCCGAAGCUCCGACGGCCUAUGGCAGAGGAUACCAGCGGAUGCCCUAUCCUUGCUACGAGGCAUGAUGAACGUGGACGCAUCCAAGCGGUUUUCAUUUGCCCAGAUCCGCCAGCAUCCCUGGUUCACGCGGCACAACAAGCAUCUGGCAGCAGACGGUCAAAUCGCAGACCCCCUGAAUCUGGCAACCCAGAUGCUGGAGAACCUUCACAUUGACUUUAAUCAGAAGCCCUCAUCAUCUCAGCGGCAAUCGCAACCUGAAUCGAUGGAUGUAGAUUCCGGCCCUGCAAGUGACUUCCAAAUCUCGGCUACGCAGCCAGAGACACCCAUCAACGAUGCCAUGUUCGACUGGGAGAGACCAACUCUACGGUCUAUGGGUGUGUCUGCCAUGUCGUCUACCCAGCCUGCUGCUCGCACAGAUGCCGUCACCUAUCCUCAGACGCAGGGCGGGGGCUUCUUUGAAGCUCUAGCCGACGAACCCUCCAUGUCGCAAUUCUCCCAGAAUCCAGGUGUGCCUAUGACGCUCACGCAGCGCGCCCAGCGGUUCCGCGACAUUGUCCCGGCACACGCGUUCACGCGCUUCUUCUCGCAUAUGCCGCCCCAGCUUCUUGUACAGAUGCUUAGUGGCGCUCUUCACAACCUAAACGUCCCUCUCGCGUCGGCGGCUCCAUACAUUGGGCAGGGUGACCACGUAACAACGUUGAAGGUCAAGACAGUGGACGGCCGACGACAGGGAUUACACGGCGAGAUUGUUGUAGACAAGUAUCACCUGCCGGAGGCACAGGAGCUUUUGGAGGUGCGGUUCGUGAAGGUGAAGGGCGACCCUCUGGAAUGGAGGCGGUUCUUCAAGAAUGUAGUGUUGCUUUGCAAGGACGGCGUUUAUAAACCCGGUUCUUAG